AUGUCUUCGUCACGGAUUGUUGCCUUCGCAGGCACAGAGUGGCACCUGACCUACGAGGAUAUCCGAGAGGUGCUAAGGCCCUUCCUCGUGAAUUUUCGAGCUCAAGAGCAGUGUCGUGGCCUUGUGGGUGUGCAGUGUCAGAUUGUGGACCUCGGAUGUGGCACAAGCACGUUAGGUGCUGCUGGGGUCGUCCGACACUCGCACGACGGGUCGCCUUCGGUCCGUGCUGCGGCCUCCGAGAGAGAGGCGCGGCCGGCUCGGCGAUGUCUGCCGCUUGCUUGGACUGGAGCUGCAGAGCUUUCAGAGGAGGAGGAAGCGGAAGAUCCGGUCCCCAUGAGGUCGAAGAAGCCCAUGUCAGAGGCCUGGGAGGCUCGUCCCUUCUCGCGGGAUUCGACAGCUUCAACGCUGAGCGCAGGAAGAUACCGCGACGAGUUUGGUGCGUGGCGACCGCAGACUUGCUCUUCACAGCCAAGUCUUCCGUCCACAGCCUCUGCAUCAAGCUCGAGCGCAAGGCCUUCCAGGAGCACUUAUUCUCGAAGCGAUUCGUUUCGGAGCUCGGCAACUGGCUCCUCGCACAAGCGUCAUGAGGCGUCAAAGUCCUCGUGCCGCGACAAGCAUGUGCAGCCGGGAGCCGGCACCCGCGAAUUAGCUCUAAACGACGUGAAGCUCGAAGAUGCGCGUCAGCGAGCUUCGAAAUCUCUGGAAGCGCUGCAGGCAAAACUUCGGGCAUCCCGGAUGCCGGAGAUGUCCAAGUCACAGGCUCCAGCUCCAAUUGAUGAGGACCAACCUGGGCAAGUACAGGAAGCGUUUGAGUCAGCGAUUCAGAUUCGUCCGGCAUGGUCCGAACGACAGCGAGGUGCCUAUGGAGAAAGAGACGAGGGAACGGCGUCAACGGCCCUGCGGAGCUGGAUAUGGACGCGCGCCUGCACCACAGGCUCCCUCACGCAAGCUGGCCGAAGCUUCUCAGGCGUCUUUCUCAGCCUCCCGCCCUUGCUUUCUGGGGGACCAGAGGCAGGUGUUGAGUUGGGCCUGAGAAUGAAAGAGGCCCGCGUGGAGCUUUAUCGGUCUGCAGCUUCUUGUCGACUUCCCGGAGGCUGGGUGGGCCUUCUCCUGAAAGUGCGAAUCACGGAGAAGCCACCCAGCCAAGAUGUGUCGGAGUCGCUUGUGGAGAGCUUGAAGGUGCGGAUUGGAGUGGGGCCUCUGGGACCUGAAGUUCUGGAUAUCCUGCUGUCUGUCAUCGGGCACAGCACGCUGCGAAUUCACACGUCCGGAGCUUACCGAGGUGAGCUGCAUGGCGGGCGACUGUCGGAGCGAACAGGCAUGCAGAAGCCCUUCUUGACCAACGUCGUCAUGCACACUCCAACCAGCCAGGCUCUGGCAGCACUUCGUGGCAUCGCCACACUCGUCAUUGACAAGGUGCAGAUGCUCAAGGCGGCUGCAUCUCUUCUGCGAACAGAUGGGACUGAAUAUUCGGAGCCCUGGCAAGCCACUGUGGAUGGAAGGGGCGCAAGUGUCAGGGUUCGCGGUGAGGUCCGCCUGGUCUCCCUUCUCGGUGCGUUCAGCUCCCGGAUAGUCAGGUUGGAGGAUUCUGUAGCCAACGCUGAGGACCUUGAGCUCAGAGCUGAGGUGGGCGUGCUUCAUGUGGGAAGAGAGCUUGAACCUGCGGAUGUGCUGCAGCCGAAGAAAGCUUAUUUGCUGCAAGGUGAGCCGAUGGUGCUUUUCAACAAUCCGGCCUUGUCACAAGCGAUCAUGGUGGAGCAAGAGGUGGAGAAGAACAGAAGUGGAGAAGACUGCACGGGCUGCAUCGUUUGGCCCUCUGCCCAUUCCAUGUGCGCUCACUUAUGUGCGCAUCCAGAGCUGGUGAGGGGCAAGCGUGUUGUGGAGCUAGGGGCUGGUACUGGUCUUGUUGGCUUGGUCUGUUCUGCGCUUGGUGCAGCAGAAGUGGUACUCACCGAUCUGUCGCAGGGACUUCCCCUCUUGCAACGGAAUGUGCAGCUCAACGUGGGUGCACUAGGUGGAGCAGCUACCAGAGUCGCUGAACUAAGAUGGGGCCAGCAGGCUUCAAUUCAGGUUGCGCCAGAAGGCUGUGACGUCGUGAUUGGCUGUGAAGUCAUCUACCAGCAUGAUGACGAAACCGCUUCUGCCCUGGUGGCGACCAUGCGCCAUCUGGCUGGCAAGGAUGGCAGCUGCCUGAUGGCCUAUGAGUUUCGAGAUGGGUUGGUGCAGGAUGCAGUGUUUUUUGACGCAGUGAACGAGGUGUUCGAGGUGUCAGCGCAGUCGUUGGCACCCUAUGGCUUCGGCCUCUCAGUCGAGGACAGCGAUGACAGGCUGCUCUACACCUAUUGGGCGAAGGUUUCCUGA